AUGAGCCUUACUUCAGAUACUACAAAUCUCAGAGAGCUUCCUGGCUUUUCGAUUAUUAUGCUAUCUGGUAUAACUGCUAGUAUUCCAAAUUUUAUCUGCUUAAUUUACCUUCUUACGAGAACGCUGAGGCGAUGGUGGGUAACUAAGAGACCCUUACCGAUGGCUCAUAGGGUGCCAUUUUAUAUAGCAGUUUCCGCUAAUGGUCAUACUAUUCAAGGAACAGCGUGUAAAUGGGCCGGUGGAUUGACCUUCUUCUUUGUCUCGGUUAAUACGUCUUUAGUUGGAUUAUUAUCUUUGACGACCUACCUUCGAAUAU